AUGGAACCUGGGGAGCCCCGGGAGCCCCGCGAGCCCGGGCCUGGCGCAGAGACCGCCGCGGCUCCGCGCUGGGAGGAAGCCAAGACUUUCUACGACAACCUCGCGCCCAAGAAGAAACCCAAAUCGCCUAAGCCUCAGAAUGCGGUCACCAUUGCUGUGUCCUCCCGAGCCUUGUUCCGCAUGGAUGAGGAGCAGCGGAUCUAUGCGGAGCAGGGUGUGGAGGAGUAUGUGCGCUACCAGCUGCAACACGAGAAUGAGCCCUUCAGCCCUGGGCCGGCCUUCCCUUUCGUGAAGGCUCUGGAGGCUGUGAACACGCGGCUGCGGGAGCUGUACCCGGAUAGUGACGACGUCUUUGACAUCGUCCUCGUAACCAACAACCAUGCUCAAGUGGGUGUCCGCCUCAUCAACAGUAUCAACCACUAUGACCUGUUCAUUGAGAGGUUCUGCAUGACAGGUGGGAACAGCCCCAUCUGCUACCUCAAGGCCUAUCACACCAACCUCUACUUGUCAGCUGACGCGGAAAAAGUGCAGGAAGCCAUUGAUGAGGGGAUUGCAGCUGCCACCAUCUUCAGCCCCAACAGGGAUGUGGCUGUAUCCCAGAGUCAGCUGCGCGUGGCCUUUGAUGGGGAUGCUGUGCUCUUCUCGGAUGAGUCGGAACGCAUUGUGAAGGCCCACGGGCUGGACAGAUUCUUUGAGCAUGAGAAGGCCCACGAGAACAAACCUUUGGCCCAGGGCCCCUUAAAGGGCUUUCUGGAGGCACUGGGUAGGCUGCAGAAGAAGUUCUAUUCCAAGGGCCUGCGGCUGGAGUGCCCAAUUCGUACCUACUUGGUGACAGCACGCAGUGCAGCCAGUUCCGGGGCCCGGGCUCUCAAGACCCUGCGCAGCUGGGGCCUGGAGACAGAUGAGGCCUUGUUCCUAGCUGGAGCACCCAAGGGCCCCCUCCUCGAGAAAAUUCGCCCACACAUCUUCUUUGAUGACCAGAUGUUCCAUGUGGCUGGAGCUCAGGAGAUGGGAACUGUGGCUGCCCAUGUGCCUUAUGGAGUGGCACAGGCAUCCCGGAGGACUGCACCCGCGAAGCAGGCUCCGCCUGCACAGUAGCUGAGCUACCAGCUUUGCUGAUCCCCAUUGCUCUAGGCUUCCUGUCAUACUUCGACUCCUCAUCUAGUAGACCCUUCUAGUUCUUCACUGUGUA